GUGGAAUUGGUGGAAUUAAAUGUUUUAGGUAAAAUGGUGCCAGCAUGUUUAGUGAUCCUCAUCAGUAAUUGUUUGUUUCUACCACCUAAUGCUCUGCAUAAGGAAAGGAAAUAUUGUAUCUGUGUACCAAGUCCACUACAGGUGUUGAAUUUUAUUCCAGUUAACUGGCUAUGAUUAAGGCAUCCGUAUCUGCUGUUAUGGAAAGGGAAAUGACGGUUUCUGUGAAACUGGAGGCAAAAGAUGAGGUGCUUAUGGUACCAAGGACCAUGGUAUUGAGGUCUGCUGCCAUGGAAAGCAGAGGAACGGUUUCUGUCAAAUGUGAACCAAUAGAUGAGAUACUUACGGUACCACGGGCUGUGGUUAAUGGGCACUACGAACCAGCAUGUCACCUGUGUGGUUGUGCGGAACGUGACAUAGAAGAGGCUCUCGGGCUGGGAAAGGAAGCCAGUGACAUCAGUGCUGAUGUACUGCUGGCCAACAUGCACAUCAAGAAAGAACAAGAGGACAUCAGCGAUCAAAAGGUCAUUGCAGAUCUGCUGGCGGUGCAUAAAUUCUGUGAUCGUGCUGAAGGAGAAGGAGAACAACAGCAGCAGCAACAACAAGACGAAGGUGAUGGAUUGAUAGCGUGUAGAUUCUGCAAUCGUACCAAAGAAGAAGAACGAGAAAUGAUGGCUGGAUUGCUAGCAGAAGCUGACAGUAUCGGUGCUGACGUAUUGCUGUCUGACACACAGAUCAAGAAGGAGCCACAGGACAUAAAGGAUCCAAAGGUUACUGAAGAUUUACUGGGUUUUUGCAAAUUUUGUGACAUUGAAGACAAAGAACUGGCACUUGCAUUACAACCAGAAUGCAGUAAUGUGGAGGAAGCGACAAGGCAACUUUCUGGCAACAAUAGGUCCACGUGGAAUGUCCUAAAAAAAUGCAGUGGUGUGUGUGGUGAGGCUGUCGCUCAUCCAGCUCAGAAGUGUACUACACCAGAGGAUAGACAGUUUGUGAAUGGCAGUGGCCCAUUACAAGUGCCGGAUGUUAACCGGAGUGGUGGUGGUGAAGACUCUGCUUGUGGCAGCUACACUUGCGGUUCGUGCAGCGCGACUUUCUCGUCAAAGUAUAGACUCGUAAGACACGUCUUUGUCCACAUCGGUGGCGUGCGACCUCCACCGCACGUCUGUAGACUCUGCGGAGACGUGUUUCGCACGGGAGGCAGCCUACGCGUGCACCUGAAGCGAGGCGAGUGCGCGGCAGUGGCGGGGUGCAGCGUCGCCGACAGCGCUGGAGAUCGAAGGCUCUCCGGCACGCGCAGAAUUUCACCGGGCAACUCACUCGCCCCUACUGUGGAUGGCAUCGAGGAAAAGGUGGAGGAAGCGACAAGGCAGCUUUCUGGCAAAAAUAGGUCCAUGUGGAGUGUCCUAAAAAAAUGCAGUGGUGUGUGUGGUGAGGCUGUCGCUCAUCCAGCUCAGAAGUGUGCUACACCAGAGGAUAGACAGUUUGUGAAUGGCAGUGGCCCAUUACAAGUGCCGGAUGUUAACCGGAGUGGUGGUGGUGAAGACUCUGCUUGUGGCAGCUACACUUGCGGUUCGUGCAGCGCGACUUUCUCGUCAAAGUAUAGACUCGUAAGACACGUCUUUGUCCACAUCGGUGGCGUGCGACCUCCACCGCACGUCUGUAGACUCUGCGGAGACGUGUUUCGCACGGGAGGCAGCCUACGCGUGCACCUGAAGCGAGGCGAGUGCGCGGCAGUGGCGGGGUGCAGCGUCGCCGACAGCGCUGGAGAUCGGAGGCUCUCCGGCACGCGCAGAAUUUCACCGGGCAACUCACUCGCCCCUACUGUGGAUGGCAUCGAGGAAAAGGUUUGUAACAGAGCACGACAACCCUCCACCUGUACUGGACGUAAUACACAGACAGAAAAAUCGAAACAAAAGCACCGUAACGGCGACUGUGGAAAAUCACCCCAAUCUGCUUUCGAACUGGGUCAAAAUUCAGAGUGUAUGCCGACUACCGGCGACUAUUGGCUGAGGGUGUGGAAGGAGUGCAUACUAGAUUCCAUUAACUGUAAAAUGAUGGAACAACUUGAUCAGCACAAUAUUGUAUCAGAUUUUGCCUAA